AUUUUCUGAUAAAUUUCAAAGUUCUCAUUGUUUACAGGGCUCAUUGUUCUUCCCAAGCAAUACAAUCACAAUAAUUGUGAUGAAUUUACUCUGUACAAGUUGUAGCUGAGUUGACUCGAGUCAUUUACGGCAAAAUCAGCAAGUCGAGUCCGAGUCGAGUCAUUUGGGGCUGUUGAGUCGAGUCGAGUCAUUUUUCGUAUUGGACUCGAGUCGAGUCGAGUCGCUGAAAAUAGCGACUCGAGUUGACUCGAGUCAGAGUCAAUGACUCGACUCGUUACAACACUGCAUAUAACAUGUUGUUGUUGUAAAAGUUUUUUAGUUAGAAAUACAUUUAUCGCAAAACAACACUCGGAUUGUGAGUUUGUCUACAGGUUAUGGGCCCAGAACAUGCUGUUAGGAUCGUUUAACAAUCCUACGUCGCCGGUUUUUCGAUAGAACUUCAGUUUGCUGAACAAAUAACCGCUUGUAAUAAUAACUCGUGCUGGUCUGUUGACGACUAAUGGAGGAAAAAUGGUCAAUCGACAAGUUAGACGGGAGCAAUUGGAGUACUUGGAAGUUUCAAAUGAAGCAUUUGCUGUUGGCGAAAGGGCUGUGGGGUUUCGUAGACGGUUCGGUAGAGCUAGCAGGGUCAGCUUCGGGAGAAACGGCGGCACAAUUUCGUUCGAAAGCGCAAAGGGCGUUCUCAACAAUUGUUUUAGCAAUUAAAUCAGCUCAGCUAUAUUUGGUUAGCUCAUGUGAAAAUCCGAAGCAAGCGUGGGAUGCACUAAAGAAUCAUUUUGAGCGAGAUACGUUGGCGAACAAACUGUUUUUAAAGAAAAAGUAUUUCCGAACGGAGAUGAUAGAAGGAACUUCUAUGGAGAAACAUUUGAAACACAUGAAGGACAUCGCAUCUGAAGAGGAUCAAGUUGUGACUUUAUUAGGAAGUUUGCCUAGAAGUUAUGCAACUCUCGUAACUGCUUUAGAAGCCAGAGUUGAUGAUGUGAAAAUGGACUUCGUUCAACAAGCUUUUAUGCAUGAAGAAUCGAAGCAAGGACCUAAGAACGAGUCAGUUAAGAAUGAGUCUGCCUUAAUGGGAAACCGAAAUAAAAAUUUUCAGGAAAGUCGGACGUGUUUUAAGUGUGGAACUGUUGGCCAUAUUCGUCGAAAUUGCCCUCAGGAAAAAGCGAGAUAUACAAAGCCAGUGUAUAAAUCAAGACAUGGAGCAAAAGUCGGAAAGACCCAAAACUCUGAUAGUGAAUCUGAAAGUAGUGCUUGUGUAUUUACAGUUUCCGAGGGAAAUGCAAAGCUUUCUGAUUGUCAUUGGUUGAUCGAUUCUGGAGCUUCAAGUCAUAUGACGAAGGAAAAAAGUGUUCUGGUGAAUUAUCAACAGUUUGGGGAACCCGAAAGCGUUGCCUUGGGAGAUGGUCGUGUUGUACAAGCGUUGGGAUCUGGUAACGUGCAUAUGGAUAUGUUGUUCUCUGGGAGCAAGUCGAAGCGAGGUGUACUGUGUAAUGUGUUGUAUGUUCCAAAGCUUACCUCUAACCUGUUUUCCGUUCGAGCUGCCGUUGCGAAAGGUAACGUGGUGAAGUUUCGUGGUGAUAAAUGCUGGAUAAGUGAUGCCAGUGGGAGACUACGAGGAAUGGGAUCAUUAGCCAACAAGUUGUACAAGUUGGAUUGCGAAGACGUCUCAAACGGACACGCUACGUUAGCUUCACAGGAAAGUAGUGAUCUUUGGCAUCAACGGUUGGGACACGUACACGAGCAACGACUAAAUAGCUGCAUUAAGAAUAAUAUUGUGAAAGGAAUUUGUUGUGAAAACGUUGACAAACUUUCGUUCUGCGAAGCAUGUUUGGCUGGAAAAAUGCAUCGAAAGCCAUUUCUUGCUCGGGAAGAAAUUCGUUCAUCUCACAAGCUACAGCUAGUACAUAGCGAUGUGUGUGGUCCAAUGCAAACAGAGUCAUUUGGCGGAGCAAGAUAUUUCGUGACGUUCACUGAUGAUUACUCUCGAUGUUGUGCAGUGUACUUUAUGAAGCAGAAGUUAGAAGUUCUGGAGAAAUUUAAAGAGUUUGAGGCUGCAGCAACGAACGAGGCUGGAAGAUCGAUAGGAAUAUUGCGAACUGAUAAUGGUGGCGAGUAUCUUUCCACAGAAUUUCAAGAUUAUCUCAAAGCGAAAGGUAUUAAGCAUGAAUUAACUGUUCCAUAUUCUCCUCAGCAAAAUGGUGUCGCUGAACGUAUGAAUAGAACGUUGGUCGAGUCUGCUCGGUCGAUGAUCGCACAAGCAAGAUUACCUAAGAUGUACUGGGCUGAAGCCAUUUCCACGGCUGUUUAUGUGAGAAAUCGAAUGCCUACGACAGCAAUCAAAGGGAAUACAACGCCGUACGAGCGAUGGUAUGAAAGAAAACCGAACGUCAGUCAUUUCCGUGUGUUUGGGUGUAUGGCCUUCGCCCAUGUUCCAGACAGCAAACGACAAAAAUUGGACAAGAAAGCGGAAAGACUACGCUUUGUUGGUUAUUGUCGUACGUCAAAAGGAUACCGUUUGUUCGAUGAAAUCAAGCGAAAGAUGGUCGUCCGAAGGGAUGUCGAGUUCAAUGAAAACGAUUUUGGCGACAAGGACGAAAUGAUGACGACAAAAUCUCAAGAUCAAACGACAGAAGACGUGAAAGACGAAACGGUGGAAUUCGAAGAAGAAAAAGUGGGAGAAGAAGUAUCCACAGAACCAAGGACUUCUGGUAGAACACGGAAAGCACCUGUCAGAUUAUUGGAUUUGAAUAUUUAUUCGAACAGUCACAUUUUUGUGAUAAAAUAUGACCAUUUAAUGAGUAAAAUAUAUCGAGAUACAACUUGAACAAGAACUGCA